GCCAUCACUUACCAGAAACUUCAUCACGCUCCUUUCUUUCACAAAAAACCCCCCUCCACAGAAACUUCGAACUCCGAACCCGUCCACCCCCUCUUUUUUUUUUUGAUUUUAGCCAUGCUUGCAAAGCUCAUAGGCGUCAUGAUGCUAAUGGUCGCAUCCAUCGUGUUCCUGUACUAUAGUAUUUGGACCCUAUUUAUGCCCUUUGUGGACGAGGGCCACCAACUCCACGACCUGUUCCCGCCACGCGUGUGGGCGAUCCGCAUUCCGGUCAUUUUGAUUCUGGUCGGGAUUGCAGUUGUGGGAAGUUUCUUGAGUGUGGUUAUGAUCCGGAGUGGCAGGAAGAAGGCGGCUAAGGCGAGGGCGAAGGCUAGCCAAGGAAAGAAGAAGAACUAGAGUGAGUGUGUGGAAAGCUGGGGCUUUCUUCAAGGGAGCUAGGUGGGGUGGUUGGGACAAGAGGGGAAGGGGUUCUUGGCGUGGAAUGGAUAUUAUGGUCUCUAAUAUGGCCUUUUUUUUUUUUUGCGUGUGGUUAUGGUCUAAGUGAGUUUCCGCGGGCGAUGAUAGCAACUGACUUCUCUUGUCCGGCGUACGGGAAAGGGGAUAGAUAGAGAAUAAGUGUUUGGUAUGGGGAAA